AUAUAUAUAUAUAAAUCCUCAAAUAUGUAUGUGUGUGUGUGUGUGUCUGUGUCAGUACUGGACUAUGGUCAUGUAAUAUAUAAAAAACAUAUGUAAAAUGUAGUAUAUGCAUGCAUCUUCUCAGAGCUUACAUGAUUUGGACACUGAUGUUUAACAAUGUUUAAAGCCCUCACUCAUCAUUGUGUGUUGUAUGUUGUGUUGGAUAGUCUGCCUUUUCCAUCCACAGACUAAAACAAUAUCAUAUCCUCAUUUAUAAAUCAAUCCUGUGUCUCCUUCCUUCACAUCCUUAGACCUACAUUAGUAGAAAACAUUAGAAAGCAUGCAGGUAGCUACAAUCUUCUGUCUCAUUAAUUUUUUUUUUGUUCUAUUGAUGUGCACACCACCACCACUGGACAAAUAAAUCUACCACUGCAUGAAGUAAUGAACACGACAUCAAAAUGCAAACUUUCAGCUUUAUGUUGAGGGUAUUUACAGGAUCAGGUGUGCAGUGUAGGUAUGUUACUAGACCACUUGUAUGUUAAUAAAGCACAACAGGAAUUGUGUGGAGAGACUUUUUCUUGGUGUACUGGCUGCAACUCAAGAUGUUUUUUUUCUUCUCAAAUUCUCCUGGAGGUAUUCAAACCUUUUCCACAUGAGCUCCACUUCUCAGAUCUUUCUUCUCCUCAAUCUCAAACCUCACAACACAGGCCAAAAAUCCCUUGGUCCUCCACAGUCUUAAUACAUCAUAAUGGUCAACAGUAUUUAUUAAGAAAUAGAACAAUAUAUUUUAGAUAGAAUCCUGAAUCGUUUGUGACUGUCACUAGAGAGCAAAACAAACAAACAGUGUUUUAAAUCACUGCCAUUCUAAUCAUCAGGAAGAACCUAAUAACUAAAUACAUUCAAUUUUUUUGUACAUCACAGUGGCCUUCUCACUGCCCUCACAGACAGUUCUCUAUCACACCACCAGAGGGCAUCCACUCUGAAUUUUGAACUCUUCUUUGGUGGUUAAGGGAGAGAACAACAGCAGCAGCAGUAAAACAAAAUGGCUUCUAGGUUUUCAGAGGAGGAUUUCUCCUGUCCUGUGUGCUGUGAAAUCUUCAAGGAUCCUGUUGUUCUACACUGCAGUCACAGUGUGUGUAAAGUGUGUUUGCAUCAGUUCUGGAAGACCAAAGGAUCCAGAGAAUGUCCUAUAUGUAGGAGGAAGUCAUCUAUGGAAUCUCCACCUAUAAGUCUGGUCUUAAAGAACCUGUGUGAGACUUUCUUACAGGAGAGAAAUCAGAGCUCUUCAUCAGGGUCUGAAACAGUCUGCAGUCUGCACAGUGAGAAACUCAAACUCUUCUGUCUGGACGAUCAACAGCCGGUGUGUGUGGUGUGUCGGGAUUCAAGAAAACACACUGACCACAAAUUCUGCCCCAUUGAUGAGGCAGCAACAGACUGUAAGGAGGAGCUCAAAACUGCACUGAAGCCCCUACAGGAGAAACUGAAGAUCUUUAAAGACUGUAAACUGAACUCUAAUCAGACUGCAGAACAUAUAAAGAUUCAGGCCCAACAAACAGAGCGUCAGAUUAAGGAGCAGUUUGAGAAGCUUCACCAGUUUCUACGAGAUGAAGAGGCAGUCAGGAUCGCUGCACUGAGAGAGGAAGAGGAGCAGAAGAGUCAGAUGAUGAAGGAGAAGAUUGAGAAGCUGAGUAGAGACAUAUCAUCCCUUUCAGACACAAUCAGAGCCAUAGAAGAGGAGAUGAGAGCUGAGGACGUCCUGUUCUUACAAAACUACAAGGCCACAGUGAAAAGAGCCCAGUGUACACUGCAGCAUCCAGAGGAGCUUUCAGGAGCACUGAUCCACGUGGCACAACAUCUGGCCAACCUGAAGUUCAGAGUCUGGGAGAAGAUGCAGGACACUGUCCAGUACACACCUGUAAUUCUGGAUCUGAACACUGCACAUCCUGGACUCAUUGUGUCUGAUGAUCUGACCAGUGUGAUACACAACUCAUAUUUUGGAGAAAUGAAGCUUCCUUAUAAUCCAGAGAGAUUUGAUGAAAAAAAAUGUAUCCUGGGCUCUGAGGGCUUUAACUCAGGGACAAACUGCUGGGAUGUUGAAGUUGGAGACUGUACACACUGGUAUGUGGGUGUGAUGACAGAAUCUGCUCAAAGGAAGGGGGAUGUAUUUUCUAGAGGUGGUAUUUGGUAUGUGACUCAUUAUGAUGGUGUAUAUAAAGCAGGUUACACACCUAAAAUAUAUGGUUUCCUCUCACUAGAACAGAAACUCAAGAGGAUCAGAGUGAAACUGGACUGGGACAGAGGAAAGGUGUCAUUCUCUGACCCUCUCACUAACACACACAUACACACUUUCACACACACAUUUACCAACAAAUUACUGCCAUUCCUAUUUAUUAUUGACCCAUAUUCUCCUCUAAAGAUCCUGCCACUUCAGUGGUCUGUAGGAAUGAAUCAGAUCAGUUAGAGUUGGUAUUAUUUUAACUUAUUUAUUAAUGAAAUUAUGCUGAUUAUGUUUUAUAUUUUUUAUCAAUUUUUUUUAACACAAAUUGUGAAUGUAUCAGUGUUGCUAUAUUAAAAGAGAGAAUAUAAUCAAAAUAUUAUUAUUAUAAUGCGUUGGUCAUUACUUGCCAAAAAUACUCAGACACUCAAUAGUGGCUGCAUUAAAUAUACUUUUACAGUCUUUUCAUAGUUAGUUUGCCAUCAUUUGUUUUUAGAACUUCCUGACAACUUGACAUGGAAUCAACCAGUUUAUGAAACAAUUGUAGUACAGGUUUUAUCUCAACUCUCAAAUAAAACUUUCAGUUCAUCCACACUACAUCAACAACAACCAGCUAAUUUCUUUUCCAGUGCAUCCAACAUAUGCACUAUAGUGUUUAGGUCAGUGCUCUGAGAAGUAUACUUUCAAAUGAUAGCUUCAUAUUUUGAAUAAUUAUCCUGGUAAAAAUCCACUUCUCUCAUUUGAAUAAUUCCUUUAAAGCUUACAUCCAAAAUUCAAUUCAAUUCAAUUUACUUGUAGAGUGCAUUUUACAAUGGACAUUGUCUUAAAGCAGCUUUACAAAAGUAGAGAAACAGAGAAAGGAGAAAAAAAAUUAGUAAAUUAAAUUAUUAAACUAUUUUAUCCCUAUUUUAUCCGUAAUGAUAAAGCCUGUGGCAAUAGUGGCAAGAAAGGAACCCAUCCUCAUUUGGGUGGCACUGGACAGUAAAUAAUGUAACUGUAACUAAAUAAUGUCCUUUCUACAACGGCAGUCAAGGGUCCAUGAGGAACUAUUAGGGCAGUGUAGUUUCUGAGUUUAUUAUAGACACUAAUUCUUUGCUGUCAGAAGCUGACAGAUGUAAUUGCAGAUCUGUGAUGGUGUGAAAGUCCCCAAGUGGCUCUGUCCACGGCUGUCUCCUGGUCAAAAUGCCCCAGUACACUUCAUGCCAUCGGUGAACACACACCCACCAACACCACUGUAGGAAAAACAGCCCUGGCCACCACUUUGCUUUACAAUACACUCAAUAAUGCUUAUAAAAAUGCUUUAACUUCAUACUUCAUAGUCAUUUUUGCAAUACUUUUUACCCAGCUGUAUCCAUUAAAGAUAAUAUAUAGUGAAUGUAAUAUGUAGUCAAUUACCUUCAAUUUCAAACAGGCUUCUACAAGGUAACUACAUGGUGUAGUUCAAGACUUUUUUUCCUUAAUUAUGUCCAGUAUAUCUAUUAUCUUUAUAGUUUCAAGUUAAACAAUACAUUUUGGGUGGAAAUGUUUUGCCUUUCUUUAAAAUAAAUGGCAUUUGGUUUGGUUGUUUUCUAAUGGAAUGAAAUUCAUAGAUUUGUGUGGGUUUAAAUGUCCAGAUACUUUUUUUUCGUAGUCAUUAUAUGUCUCAAGGAAGGUUUUAUUUGUGUAUAUGGUAUGAAGAAUUUACAUUUCAUUUAGGUUUGUAUGUCUUCAUUUAUAUUUUAUUACAUUAUAACAUUUUUCUAAUGUAUGCCUGCAAUUUAUCUUGCUCAUGUUACACCUCCACUGCCCACAGUCUCCACCUGACCACCUUUUAUGUAAGAACGCAAUGCCAUCAGUCUAAAAUAUGAGGUAUUUAGUCUCAUAAUAAAUUGUAUAUCCUCUUGAA